UCAUAGUUGAAAAUCUCUCUCUUUUCCCCUUAAUUUAAAUAGCUUCGUUUAAGUUUAAGAAAAUGCAAAACACAAAUAAUGAAAAUUCUAAUUUCCUCAACAUUUUAUGCACUUCUUCUCCUUUCUUCACCCAUCAAUGCUCAACAGAGUUACACACCGCACAGCUGCAGCGGCGGCGGGGGCGCCGACGACAAUGAACAGACCGGACUCUACUCCUGCAACGGCGGACCAACCUCCUGCCGGGCCUUUCUCAUCUUCAAAUCCAAACCCCCUUAUGAUUCCGUACCUUCCAUUUCCAAUCUCACUUCAUCAGACCCAAAUCAAAUCGCCGUAGCCAAUAACGUCACCGUCUUCUCUUCUUUCCCUCUGAACACACCCGUCAUCGUUCCGCUUCACUGUUCUUGCGUCGCCCGAUUUUACCAGGCCAAUGCGUCCUUCGUUCUAGCGCAAUCUCAUACCUAUUACAUUGCGGCAACUGAGGUUUACCAGGGCUCUGUAUCUUGCGCAGCUCUUAAAUUCGCAAAUGGGUUUGAAGAAUGGGAUCUCCGCCCUGGUAUGACAUUGCUUGUGCCGCUCAGAUGCGCUUGCCCCACCAGCAACCAGGCCGGCAUUGGGGUCAGGUUUUUAGCUACUUAUUUGGUUGCUAAUGGCGAAAGGGUUUCUGAAAUUGGGGAUAGAUUCAAUGUGAGUAAGAAGAGUGUUCUUGAAGCAAAUGGAUUUAGUGAAGAAGAUGAUCCAAAUCUAUCUCCAUUUUCGACCAUUUUAGUUCCAUUGUCAACUGAACCAUCAAGUUCACAAAUUAGAUUACCAUCCUCUUCUACUGCUAAUUGGCAGGAAAAUGAAUCAACAAGAAACAUUUGCGUCGAUAUCGCGAAAGGCACUGGUUUCUUCUUGUUAGUCGUUGCUGUUGUUGGUUGUGCAGUCUUUCUCAUUUACAAAACCAGAGCAAAGGGGAUGGUUUCUAAGAAUGACAAGAACAUUAUCAGGAAAUGGACACCACCCGUGGACCUUCGAGUCGAAAUUGCAAGCAUGGACCGUGUCAUGAAAGUGUUCGGGAUAGACGAGAUCAUGAAAGCCACAAGAAGAUUCAGUCCAAAGAACAGAGUAAAUGGGUCCGUAUUCAGGGGAACUUUUGGCAAGAAGAUGAAACUGGCAGUGAAAAGAACCAGAAUGAAUGCCAUUAAAGAAGUUAACAUGCUGAAGAAACUCUACCAUUUCAAUCUAGUGAAGCUUGAGGGUGUUUGUGAAAACCAUGGUCGUUUUUACCUUCUUUUUGAGUUCGUGGAAAAUGGGUCGCUAAGAGAAUGGCUCAACAGAGGCAACAGAAAAGAGAGACAGAGCUGGAGGAAGAGGAUACAAAUUGCUAUUGACGUUGCUAAUGGACUUCACUAUCUUCACAGCUUCACAGAGCCUGCCUAUGUUCAUAACAACGUCAACACCAGCAAUAUUCUUCUCAACAGCAAUUUAAGAGCCAAAGUUUCUAACUUUAGUCUGGCAAGAGUAACAGAAAGAGCCACAGCAGCCUGUGUCUUGACCACAAAUGUUGUGGGGGCAAAGGGCUACAUGGCUCCAGAAUACAGGGAGGCAGGGGUUGUAACUCCAAAGAUUGAUGUCUAUGCUUUUGGAGUGGUGGUUUUGGAGCUUGUUACUGGAAAAGAGGCCGUUUGUAUGGAAGGGGGAAGACAGGUACUACUUUCUGCAACAAUGAUUCCCAACAAUGAAGAAAAUAUAGAAGCUCGACUAGCCCGGUUUAUCGAUUCCAACAUUAAAGAAACAGGGAAGAUGGAGUUUGCUACACUGAUGGUUAAGCUAAGUGCAGCCUGCUUGAACCAAGAACCAGAACUGCGACCGAGCAUGGGGGAGGUAGUGUCAACUCUAUUAAAGAUUCAGGUUCAUUUACAGAAGCUACAACCAUUACCAUUGUUGUAUGGCGAGCAUCAUCAAUAUGAAGAAAGAACUGAGGCAGAGACAAAUGUGGAAUUAUAAGCAUUAAAUUAAAUGAAUCUAAUUAACUUAAUC